AUGUCCGAAGCAGGAUUCAAUCUGCGAUCGUGGACUUCAAACUCCAGUAAGUUAUGUGAACUCGCACUAGCUGAAAAAGUCUUGGACAAGGAUAAAGUUGGCAAGGUAUUAGGAAUGUUAUGGGACCCGGAUAAUGACGAGAUGUCGUUUGUACAGCGCACGAUAGUAAACUCUGAGAGAACAACCAAACGUUCUAUUCUCAAACAGACUUCAAAAUUAUAUGACCCUCUGGGAUUGCUUAGCCCAGUAACUGUACGCGCCAAAUUACUAGUUCAAGACCUAUGGAAGAAGAAAUUUGAUUGGGACACACCACUUCCGGUUGAUAUCGUUAACACCUGGGCUGAUUUGAGCAUCGACCUGAACAGCGUAAUUCAGACAAAGUUCCAGAGACCAUAUUUUCCCACCACUGAAAAUACAGCAAAUUCCGCCGAUUUUAAUUUACACGUGUUUGUUGAUGAAAUUGCACGUGCUUAUGAAGCUGUAGCAUAUCUAACUUCCGGUCAUACAUCUAACCUUGUAUUUGCAAAGAAUAGAGUCGCACCUGUCAAAGAGAUAACUUUACCCAGACUAGAACUGAUGGCAGCACUCAUCGGUGCACGUGUAACCCACCACGUGUCAAAUGCAUUCACGUGCAAAAAAAUCACAUGUUGGUCCGACAGUCAAAUAGUGUUAAGUUGGCUGAAAUCUACAAAAACACUUAAACGCUUCAUUUUGAACAGAGUCGAAGAAAUCAAGAAACUUACCCCCGAUAUUGAAUGGCGAUAUUGUCCAACAGAUCAAAAUCCCGCUGAUUUACAAACCAGAGGUCUAACGGGGACCCAGUUACAAUCAAGCACAUUAUGGAAAAAUGGACCUACUUGGUUAAUUCACAACAAUAAAUGGCCUACUUUGGAACAAACCAGGGCAAUCACUUUCACUACGUUGACGGAACAUAAUUCAGAGGAAGAAAUUGUAUCUGACAAGAGAGGUAACUCUGGUUUACGUCAAAUUCUAGAGUUAAACAGAUAUAGCAGCUUUCAUAAGUUAUUACGUGUUUACGACAUACGUUAUACGUUUCAUUAA